AUGACCAAAUCCACAGUCACAUAUGGUCGAGGGGGCGCAGGAAAUGUCACCAACAAGACCGACGCGUCGCCUGCUUUCGAACCGCAAUCCACACCUACCUUGAAGUCCAAGACGUACACUACUGGUCGAGGUGGAACUGGAAAUAUGACCAAGAACGACUUUGAGCAUCCCGAGGCGGCACGACGAUCCCAGGAUGUCGAGAUUCCAGGCAUCAUACUCCCCGAAGGAUCACAUCACACGGGCAGAGGCGGCGCAGCCAAUACGUACACGCCCACCGAAAACGAAAAACGGGAGGCCCGGACCCACAAUGAAAAGGUUCGGUCGGAGUCUUUCAAUCGCGAUGGUUCCAAGGAGCGCACCCGUAUCCGAGCCAUAGCAGACAAGGCAAAGGACACUUUGACUGGCCAACACAGUAGCGAGAGGGAAGCAUGA